GUUGUGAGGAAGGGAGACUCAUAGUAAGGAGGUUUAGGAACAAGAGGGAGUUGUUGCCAGUGAUACAGCACAGACAGACGGACACAACUCGUUCUAACCCUGCAGCUUCUGUGCACAGCGGCCAGUGCCAGUGUGUUUUAAACAAGCAGGCGACAGUGAAAAGGGAGUUGCCUACUAGCACAGGUCAGGCAGGCAGGCAGAGGGGAAGCCGGUGGAUGUUUUUUAGGAGUUUGCAUAUUUGACACUGACAAGAGGAUGAGAAGCUGAAUGAGGGAGCAGAGAGGGGAGAAAAACAUGGAGCGUGCAGCAUUACCUACAGUCCAUUUACAUAGGAGACAUAGGAGAGACAGACACUGGCUGCCCUGAGAGAAGAGAGCGCAAAAAGACAGAAAGCAGGAAAGAAAGAGAGGUGAAUAGUCCACUGUGUCCAUUCUUUGUAAAGGAGCGGGAGCGAGAGCCGAGGGAUCGUAACACUGGAGCUCAAGGAUAAACCAUGGACUCUGCAUACAUCCCACCACACCUGGACGUCCACCAUGUUCCCUGCUAACCUCCUGCUCCUCAUGGUCCUGCUGCUACCUCAAGCCUCGUCUGGUCGCCAGGGUGGAGACACCAGCGAGAUCGACCAUGGCAGGGUGUCCUCCACGCCUUCCCCCCCGUCGCACCCACCAGCCGGCUCCCUCCUGGAGCCAAACCUGGCUCAGACCGUCCAGAGUCUCCUUCUGAGCCGGCUGGGUCUGCAGUCACAGCCCGACCCUCGGCCUGGCGUGCCAGUGCCCCGGUACCUGCUGGACCUUUACCGCUUCCACCAGCAGCAGUACCAUCUGGUGGAGGACCCUUCCUUUAGCUUCCCAAGCCAGCACAUCCAGCAGGCCAACACUGUUCGCAGCUUUCACCACAGUGACCACCCUGGAGACAGUCCCACAGCAGACAACCAUAGGAGGGUGCACAUUUUCUUCAACGUUUCCUCCAUCCCUCAGGAUGAGAGAGUGCUCUCCGCUGAGCUCCGGCUCCUCCGCAGUGACAGAGCCUCCCUGGGCCCCGGGCCCCACAGAUUAAACCUAUACCUCUCUGAGCACUAUGACAAGCUGGAGCCCACCCUGCUGGAGACAAGGUUACUCACCUCUGGCCUCCGCAGUCAUAAAGCAAGUAGUUUCUGGGAGGCUUUUACCCUAAGUGCAGAGCUCCUACAUGAGGCCCUGGCUAGGAGUGGCAGCCUGGCCUUCUUCUUGGAGGUCGGACCUGAGAACAGCACCUCCUCAAUCGCUGCCCAGAGCUUCUCCUCUGCUGCCAGUGAGGUGGAGGCAGAGAAACACAAAGAGGGCCACUUGAGGGUAUGCAGGUCUGUGGGUCAGGACGAGCAUAGCUGGGCCCAGGAGAGACCCCUCUUGGUCACUUAUAGUCAUGACGGACGUGGAGAGCCUCUAGUCAAACAUGGCAGGAGGACCCCAAGUGGCAGCCAGAGGAUGAGGGGGAAAAAAGGGACAAAAGAUAGAGCAAGGAGCAGCAGCAAGGGCCAUAGUAGGGAUCAACCCCGGGCUAGGCCCAAAAAAACAGUUCAUACAGUGCCAAGUUGGGGCGUUGAUAAAAGUGGGGUUGGGUGGAGCGAACGAGGAAGGGUGAAAAGAAAUGGUGGCCGUGCUGCGAAACUGAAACGCCUUUCUCGCAACAAAUGCCGCCGUCAUCCUUUAUAUGUAGAUUUCGAUGACGUGGGCUGGCACAAGUGGAUCAUUGCACCCAGUGGCUACGAUGCCUACUUCUGCCUGGGAGAGUGUCGCUUCCCUCUGGCCGACCACAUGAACUCCUCGAGCCACGCCAUGGUGCAGACUCUGGUGAACUCAGUGAAUGGUGCAGUGCCCCGGGCCUGCUGUGUCCCCACCUCCCUCAGCCCCAUCGCCCUGCUCUACCUGGACCCUCAAGACCGAGUGGUGCUGAAGAACUACCAGGACAUGGUGGUGGAGGGCUGCGGCUGCCGGUAGUGGGCAAGAGAACUCAGCCAGAGAAAUGGAGGCACGGACAGAUUUGCAUUGAAGGAGACGACAGAAGCAUUAAAAGGCAGAUGGUGGAAGAGGACACUGUAAAGGACAGCUAACUGUAAACACAGCGACUGAUAGAGACAAAUGUAGCAGUGAGAGUGGAGAGGAGGGAGUUAAGGGAAAGCAUAUAGCAGCUAAAUCCUCAUUAUCAGGUGCAAGAAAGAGUGUUGUAGAAAGAGAAAGGAAGAAGAGUGAGAGAAACAAACAUAAUCUACCACACAACUAUCAGACAAUGAGGCAGAGGAAGAAGUGCAAGCAGAAAUAUGGUCAACACAGGUAAACUGCCAGGAAUUACUUUCCAUGCUUUCCCAUUUAGCAAUGACACAGCCGUGUGCACCAUCAACUGACAAGCUACUUAUUCUCUCACGAGGAGCCAGCGCUUCAGAAAGUGUCUAUUCUAUAUCCAAGUGUUCGACACUCACAUCGCUCUCGUCGCUGUUUGACAGGCCUCUGGGUUUAGCCGUUGUGGAGGCAGACAAAGAGGUAAACAGUCAGGGUAGGCAGAUGUGGACGUGCAUUUUAAGCUGUGGGGGCAGAGUUAAAACAAUUCUGUGUCUUGAUGGACUCACUGAUGAUCAACAGCAUUAGCAAUACGACUAUGGCACCAGCAUGGCAUCUAAACUUUGUGUGACAGUGUUGUUUCUGCAGUAUUUAAGCCGAGAAGUAGGGCACAUCUGUUUUUAUGAACCUGAUCACAGACUGUCCCUUUCAAGCACUCCCACAUCACUAGCUAUUUAAAACCACAACAAUAAUGCUGAGGAACUAUUAUGCUAUUGUUUGAAUGUACUACUAUCGAUAUUAUUUAAAAAAAAAAAAAAGAUGAGACUUUUUUGUACAUUUAUUUUGCAGACGUGAAGAAAAUCCAAGUGAUGGUUGUCUUGUGAUUAUACAUAAUUCAUGAGCACGAAUGGCAAUUCUAACUUAAAAGACACGAUGUGUAUUUAAAUAGCAGCAAUAUGGUGUAUUUAAUCUUGAGAAUAUUUAAGAUACCUGCACUCAAACAAAGCAUACAGAAAACUGAAAGACUGCAAUCGACAUGAAGUAAGUUAUAGCUUUACAUCCGUACAAAUGUUCAGUGUAUUGAAUUAACAGUCUGUGUUACUUCAACUUUCCCACCUUGUCAUUGUCAAGUUAUCACGACACAUGGUAGCAGACGUAAUGGUGCUGCCAGCAAAAGCUCAACUAACAAGUCAACUGAAAGCUCUGUGUAUUGUAGCUACUGAAGUGUGUCUUUGUUAGUUGUGUCUGCAUGUGUCCAGAGAAAAAAAAGGAGGACUGAUAUUGAAACUGGGACUUCAGUGCCUUGCAAAACAGGGGCUUCGAACGUGUUCUCUGCUGAGCUCAGUAAUUGUUUUUGAGUGUUGCAUUUUUCUCUCUAAAUGGAAACAUUUAAGCAAAAGCUUAUAAAAAUGUUUGACAAUAUACCUCUAAUAAACAAAGCAAGCAGCACCAACUGUCA